AACCCCUAUUGACAAGGUGCGUGGGUUAAUGCCGUCCGCGGGAACAGAAAUUGAUAUUAUAUGUUGGCGUUUAUUAUACUUAUUCAACGCGAACUAGUGAAAAAAAAAGAGAUUGCAAUAAUCGAUUUCAUUGGAGUCUGCUUCACCGGAGUGCCUAGAUUGAGCAGAGAGCGACGUCGCGGGGAUUGAGGUGGCGUCCGCGGGCAUGGGUUUGGUGUCUGCGGCUGAGCACUGAAUAUGGCGGAGCAAAGGCAAGAUAUGUACAUAGAAGGCGAGCUGGCAGGAGAUCAUUACAUGGAGGACCCGGAGCUUGAAGCCAUCAAGGCUAGAGUGCAAGAGAUGGAGGAGGAGGAGGAGCGGCUGAGAGAGGUCCAGUACGAGGCAGCAGAGAGACAGAUUCUCUGUAGCCCCCAGGCAGCAGGAAUGUUCUACACAAUGACUCAUGAGGAAAGGAUAGAUGCUGACAACAGAUCAGUCUAUGUGGGGAAUGUGGAGUAUGGAGCCACAGCAGAUGAGCUGGAGAUCCAUUUCAAUGGCUGUGGUCCUGUCAACAGAGUGACCAUACUCUGUGAUAAAUUCUCUGGCCAUCCCAAGGGUUUUGCAUAUAUUGAGUUCCAUGACCGGGACUCAGUGCAGACCGCCAUGAGCCUGGAUGAGACCGUCUUCAGAGGUCGAGUUAUAAAGGUAUUGCCUAAAAGGACCAACAUGCCAGGAAUCAGCACCACAGACCGAGGAAUUCACAGAGGUGGUCGAUCCAGGGGACGAGGUUUCCGACCGCCCAGGUACAACAACGGAUAUCAACAAGGCAGGUUCCGCUACAACACCGGCCCGGCCAGGUCAGUCCCACCGCACCCGUACGGACCCCCAGCUGGGAAGAGACACUGGGGAGUCCCUGAGCACCAUGAGCAGGGCCCUAAACGGCACCCGUGUCUUCUCCUCAUAACCCCGCCGACUGACAACUCCGGGCCAGGACACAGUGGACACAUGCACCCACAACAGCACUACUGAGACCCCUCCGGACGCAGGGGCUUAGGGUUGAUAUCGACAUGGAAUGAGAGAUUCAGGAAACCGUGACUGGCUCGCAUCCGCUCUCAACUCUCCCUUCUGCUAGUUAUUUUCUAUGCAUGUCAAAGGGCAGAACUAGACAGAAGCACAGGUUUCAACCUUGUUGUUUAAUUGUUAUGUUUUGUUAACAGCCUCCAUUUAAAAAAAGAUUCUGUUGCACCUUAACCCAGCAAGCUUUGCGAUGGCCAUUUUGGCUUGUUGUAGGGGAAAGAGGCCAGACUUUGGUUGACACUUCUUAAAAGGUGCCUAUGGUGGGGGUUUUAUUUUUAUUUCUUGAACACUUGAGUUGUACUGUGACAUUAUUUACUCCAAGAACAAAUUAAAUGCUCAACUGAUUUCCAUGUCAAACACUUAUCAUGUUGCAAUGUUUGGACCUGGUCAUUGAUUAUGUUGGUGUUUUAUUAAGCUUGUAAAUAAAUCGGUGUAAAUGUAGAUCACCAGACACAUUUGGGUGCUAUUGGCUUGGUUUUUGUAUGUCUUUGGUUAAUGUUCACAUGCAAGUGGCAGUUUGAGUGAUUUUGAGUUUUUGUUGCUGUGUACUUGAAGCAAUGUUGGUAUUGUUGUAUAUAAUUUGUCAAACAUCUUUGCUUUAAAAAUAAAUAAUUACUCUUGACACCGUA